AUUAAAGCCCAAGAGCCGUUCUUAAGUUCUUCCUCUAAAUCCGACUUAUAAUUAAUUAGGGGCUACAAUUAGUCUCAUUUCCAGUUUGAUUGAUUGAUUGAUAGCAUUAGGCACAGUAGAGAUAAAUGGCGAGAAGGGCUGAAGCACUCACCUCUUUCCUACCCAUUUCCUUCGUGAUGAUGUUGAUGCUACUGAUCCCUUUCACCUCAGGCCUGGUCCAAGAGCAGAAAACUUGGUGUGUCGCAAAACCAUCGUCCAGUCAGGCAACGCUGUGGGAGAACCUCAACUAUGCAUGCUCUCAGGUGGACUGCGGCAUCAUCAGAGAGGGCUGUGCUUGCUUUAAGCCAGAUAAUCUCAUGUCUCACGCUUCGAUCGCAAUGAAUCUCUACUACCAAGCUAAUGGCAAAAACAGCUGGAACUGCUUCUUCAAGAACUCAGCACUCAUCGCCACAACCGACCCGAGUUUUGGCGACUGCACUUACGCUCAUAACGAUUGAAAGGAGGCCGGGUUAAUCGAGGUUAAUUAGCAACGAUCGAGUUGUAGCACCUGCACCAAUAAGCUUAAUUAGCAGCGAGUUGUAGUUGGAACAUAAUUUGGAGGAACAAGGGGAGAUUGGUAGCAUUCUCUUCA